UGAGGUUAAAGUGCGGAAAUCGUCUUAAAAGUGGGAAAAUCUUAACAUUUUCGGCCUUUUUCGUGCGCGUUAAGAACGUUUUUGGUGGCACACGAUGGCGGACGAGGGAAACGAGGACAGCUGGUUGUACGGGAAUUCGCAGCAGGAUGGUUCGGCGGGAGAAACUGGAGCCGGUCGCGGCGCGGGCAAAAACCCGCUUUGGGAUGUGGAGAACGAAGAGUCCUCGUCCAACACCACCCGAGAGGCAACGGCGGGUGAACUCGGAAAUGGUCGGCGACGUGGAUCCAAGGAAGCCGGAGCGGAACUCGAUGAUGAUGACGAGAACGAUCUAGCUAGCCAUGAGCAGCAGUGCGAUGAUAAUGCGAUGGAUUCGAGCGAUCUGCGGCCGCACCGAGAGGCGGCGCACGACGAUGGUGGACUGCUGGAGGAUUCACAGAUGAUGGAGGAAAGUAGCGCCAUGGAGGAGGUCGAUGGCAUGGAGGGUGAGCAGGCGGAAAAGGAGAAGGACCAAGUACUGUCGAUGGACGAUGGCGAACAGGACGAUCGGAUGGGCACGGAGACUGCGGAUGCGACAGAGAAGAAGAGCGGUACGGACGGUGCCGGGGAGGACAAAGGCAAGGGAAUGCUGAGCGAUAUGGAGAGCGACAUCGAUAGCGACGAGGACGAUGAUAUUAACGUCGUGAUCGGUGAUAUCAAGUCCGGACCAAGCUACAACAUCAUUAAACAACGCGGUCCCAUCAUGCCGAAUCAGGCAGCCACGAAUGCGGCCGGCGCCACGGACAAGGCGAAGCAACCGGCCGGCAAGUUCAAUAUCGAGGAAUUCGAAAGCGUUGGCGCGAUCAAUGGAGUGCCGGCUCACGAGUACAGUAUCGAUUCCUUGGAUGAGAAGCCGUGGCGUAAACCGGGUGCGGACAUUACCGAUUACUUCAACUAUGGCUUCAACGAGGAAACGUGGCGGGCCUAUUGUGAGCGGCAGAAGCGUAUGCGGCAGCACGAGAGCGGCGUGGGAAUGGCGGGACUGACCAUCAACAAUCCACAAGCGGCCCAACCCAUGAACAUGGGCAUGAUGCGCGAUAUGAGACGAUCCGGUGGACCCAUGGGUGGUGGUGGUGGCGGCGGUGGUCCAAUGGGACCGCGGAAAAUGAACGGACCGAUCGAAGUCAUCGGUGGUGGUCCCGGUGGACCGAUGGGUAGUGGCCCUAUGGGUGGCGGUGGUCGACGCGAUGAUAUGAUGGGAAUGCCCAGCCAGCCGAAGGAAAACGUCAUUCAGGUGAUGACAGCGGAUCGGCGCGAGUACAGUCGGACGGUCGUCAGCAACAAGUUCGAUCCCCAGGGCAUGGGUGGUCCACCCGGAUUUGUUGGAGGACCACCAGAUUUCUAUCAUCCCGAGCCUGACUACUCCGAUUACUACGAUCCGAUGCAGGAAGGUCAGUGGGGCAAUGAUAAUGGCAACUGGCAACCAUCGGGCAUCAAGACGCUCACACCUGGACCUCCGAUGAUGCCACCGAACAUGGGAAUGCCGCUACCUCAGCACAUGGAUAUGAUGAGUGGAGGUGGCGGUGCCGGAGGAGGACCGGAACGGAUGGUAAUGCCACCACCGCAGCAGAUGCAACAGGGCAUGGUAGGAGGUCCCGGUAUGGGUCCUGGUGGCGGUGGUGGCGGACGAUUACAUCCUCCUGGAAUGCCGCCCGGUCGCGGUGGUGAUAUGCGUAAUCCCAACGAUCGCAAACGUGGUGAUCCACGCGGUGAUCCUCGCGGUGAUCCGCGAGAGCAGCGCGAUCGAGACCGUGAACGUGAACGACGCGAUCGAGAGCGCGAUCGGGAGCGUGAACGAGAGCGUGAGCGUGAUCGAGACCGCGAACGGGAACGUAAGGAUCGCGAGAGGGGAGAACAUCGACCAGAUCGAGAUGCGGCGGGGACUAUCGUACCGAAGGAAGAGCCCGGUGUGGAUCCGGUCCCAGUCGUAGCCAGUGGAGGUAUUGCGACAGGAGGAGGUGCUGGUAGCGCGGUAGGAGCAGGUACGACGGGUGCACCCACUGUUCCUUCGAGCGGCAGCACCAGUAACAGUGGUUCUUCGAGGGAUGACAAAGACAAGCGAUCCACAAAGUCCUCCGAUCGUCACAAAGACCGUUCUAGCCACCGGGAACGGUCGCGAAGUCGCGAGAGGUCCAAAUCCCGCCGAUCGGAUCGCAGUCGUGAGCGAGAGCAACGCCACAGUCGCGAUAAGAAGAAAUCGCACCGGAAGGACAAGGAAGAUGGUGAAUGAAGAGAUCUCCGGUUGCUAAGUGUGCUAUGGCGGCGGUUUAGCCUGGCAACGGACUCACCGUCCUGGGAGAAUACAAAUGAUGCUGCAGCAAUGAUGCAGCUAGCGUGUAAGCCGUAUAAUGUGUCACUAGAAUGUAAAUAAAAGAAAACGUAUCUGUACUGUUUCACGCGAGGGAAACAGAUUCCAAUCUGCGGCAUGCCACUCUGUUCUCUUCACUAAAGCGAAGGUCAGUACAAAUUUCAGGAGUUUUGAGCUACGCUUGCUUGAUACAUCAUUCAAAAAUGUUUCAAAGAGAUUCAAAAUA